GUAAUGAUUAUCAUAUUUUAGAUAUUUGUCAAUUAAAUAAAUUAGAAUUCUAAGAGACAAGAUAUAUUCUAGGAAUUAUAUAGUCGCGUAAUUAGACAGAGAAACUCAAUUUCGCUUAGAAUGUUUCAAGCCUUUCUACCAGCAAUUACGUUCUACUUAAAAAAAGGCUUAAGUCCUUUCUAAGAGCAUAACCAGAAAGUCUCCGCUUCUCUACACACAUGAUCAGAAGAGUGAACUCUUCCAAUAUAUUUUUCUGAUUAUAUUAUUGGAAUUAUUCACAGCUUAACACUUAUUCUUCUAGUAUUUAAUAUAGGUUUUGUCUAACAAAAUGUGUCGUAUUCUACUAUAAUUUGAUCAGUUGAUGAAUUUCGCAUCAAUAAAAAUGAUAAAGCAACCGAUUCUAGACGACAUUUACAAAUCUACUUUUGAAUAAAAUCGUUUCUUAAGAAGUUUUUUUAAUAAGGUAAACAAAAAACAUUGAAGUAUUGGAUGAGAUAGUAUUUCGACCGAUUGGAGUCAAGUUGUUGCUCUACAUCACAACUUAUGAGGAUACCACCCGAAGUGAUAUCUAUCGUUUGAGCUCAGGUAGGAUUCAUAAGGCCUUGACAAUGCUAGAAAAAUUCUAAGAGGGUUCGUGUCCGUAUGCCUUUGGAGCCGAGUUAUGACCAUUUUGCUGAAUUUUCGAUUCAAUUUUAGGUAGUUAUCGAAAAAUCGAAUCAUGGAAUUUCGAUCUGAAAUUUUGCUCAUAGAUAGAUCUGAAGACUCCUGGAAUAUUCUGAAAGUUUUAGUCGACAAGCAUAUCUCUUUAUUGAGAUAUUGGAUUUCAAGUGAAACGCAUUUUUUGUGGCAAACGACUAUUUUUUAGGUAUUCAAUAUAUUGACAAACGAGCAUUCUUUGCGACUAAAAUUUUCAGGAUAUUCCCCAACUCAUUAGAUCUAUCUAUGAGUUAUUUGAUUUUUCCAUAAGUACCUAAAACUGAAUCGAAAAUUGAGUAAAAUUGUUAUAACUCGGCUUCAGAAGUCCAUGGACACGAACAUUUAUAAAACUUUUCUAGUCUUACCGAAAUCUCAUUGUGAACUCAAUAUGAGCUGAAACGAUGAGUGUCAGUUCGGGUAAUUCCCUUGUUAGAGAGUUCUAAGAGCAGUAAAAUAUCCCAUAGGAACUAAAGUACCAUUACUUUUAUUCAAAUAUUAUAUAUCGAAACGAUUUUCUUUUAGUGAUUUAUUAAAAAAUAAAAUUCCAUUACCUGUUAAUGAAUGUCGAUAUAUUUAUGGUUGUGCAUUAGAAUCUCAACUUGAAGAAGGACAAUGUUUUAUUCGUUAUCAAAUUUUAAAUGAAAAUGGUAAAUCAUGUUCAAAUCCAAAAUUUGAAUGUGUACGAGGAAGAGUUAUUGUUACAAAAAAUCCUUGUCCAUAUGCUGGAGAUAUGUUAGAAUUAUGGGCAGUUGAUUUACCAGAAUUAUAUCAUUUAAAUGAUGUUAUUGUUUUUUCAGUUCGAGGUGAACGACCUGAUUUUAAUAAAAUUGCUGGAUCUGAUCUUGAUGGUGAUGGAUAUUUUGUCUAUUGGGGACAAGAAUUGCGUCUUAAAUGUCAAGUUAAACCACUUGAUUAUACACCAGAUGCAAAACAAUAUCAAUCGACACCUAUUUCUCCCGAAGAUGUUAUUAAUUAUUGUCUUUCAACAUUAAAUAUGACGAGUUCAGGUGAAAUAUAUAAUUUACAUGCUAUAAUUGUUGAUAAAAAUUAUGAAAAUUAUCAACAACGAACAUGUCAACCGUUAGCUAUUGAAUUAGCUCGAAUGUUUUCAUCAGCUGUCGAUUCUGGUAAAACAGGUUAUAUUAUUGAUAAAAAACGUAUUCAAAAAAUUCGCGAAAAAUAUGGACAAAAAUAUCCAGAUUUCUUAGGAAAAGAUGAAAAAAAAUCAUAUCCAUCAGAAUCUAUUGUUGGUAAACUUUAUCGUAAUGCACUUAAUUUUAUAAAUGGAAAAACUGAUAAACUUGAAGAAAUUUUUGCUCAAUUAAAUAUCAAUGAUAAUGAACAGGAAUUAUUAACACCUGAUACUUCACCACCUAAAAAUAUAAUUGAUCAACCAGAUAUUUUAUGUACAUCAACUGAUAAAUCAAUACAAUUACAUCCAGGUUCUCCACUAUCACUUACUCAAAAUUCAAUUUCGAUAAAUAGCGACAGUUCACCGAUAAUUUAUAAUAAAAUUCCAGAUCAAUUUUUUCUAAUUGAUGGUAUGAUAUCAUUAUCUUCGUCUAUACAAUUAUGUUCAUCAACAAAACCUUUCUAUUCCGAACAUAAAGAUUUAAUUCGUCUUCGUAUUGAACUUGAUCAUUUAUCUAAUGAAAAUUUCAAAGCAUGUUUACCAUCGUUAUCUUCUCUUUUCUUUGAACAAUUUUCUUCUUUACAAUAUUCAAUAAAUGAUAAUGAAUUAUCAAAAAUAAUUAUUUCAUUUGGAUAUAUUUAUUUAUUACAAUAUAAAGAACAAUUAUUCAUUCAUAAACAAUAUCCAAAUACAUUAGAUUCUUUAUUAAAUAAUCAUUUUUUACCUCCAUUAUUUGAUACAUUUUUUCCAUCAACAAUUCUUGAACGAAUUGAAAUAACUAAAGAUAAUUCUCAUUGUUUACAACAAAUAUUUUAUAAAUCUAAUCAUACAAUUAAACAAGAAUAUAUUGAAUUAACUUCAAAUGGUUUAUGUUUAGUAUUUCCAUGGUUUAAAAUGAAUUUUAUUGAUCAUCAACGUGAAAUAAUUCUUAUUUGUUUAAAUACUCAUACAAACAAUGAAAUUUGUAUACAUUUUGAUAAAAAUGGUCGAAUAAAAUCUAUUGAUAAUUUACCAAAAAUUUUCUUUAAAUGUUUUCAUCAACAAAUAUCAUCUUAUCGUCCAGAUAUUCUUUAUGAAUUUCGUUCAUAUUCAACAAUAAAUAAUCAAAAUUAUUCAUUAAUAUUUAAAAAUGAAUUAUUACUUGAUCCAACACAUCCAUUAACACUUCCGUUACAAGAAUAUAUUAUUCCUAUUAUUUCAUAUAGUAUUAUAACAAAUAUAUUUCAAUAUAAUGAUAUUGAAAUACAUAUUAUACGAACAUAUUCACCUAUUCAUUAUAAAAAUGAUGAUUUUUAUAAACUUCGAUGUAUAUUAGGUUAUAUUGAACAAAUUGAACAACAACAUUCAAUUGAAAUACAUAUUCAUAUGAAUAAAAAUGAAAAAUUAAAUCGAGAAAAAUUACGUUAUAUUAUGACUUUGGCUACAGAAUUUAGUCAAAUGCUAGAUUGA